CGGAGAUCGGUCGCAGAGCAAGAUGGUUUUGCCUCUCUUGUUCAGGAUCUUCAAGCGCGGCAGGUUCUGGCUCAGGACACCAGUGAGUCUGAUGGAUCACACACACACACACAGCGCUUCUGCUUGGCUGUGUCGGCCUUCCUGGCUGUCUGUGUGUGUGCAGGUGGCGUAUGCGACCGGUCUAUGUGGGUACGGACUGCAGUGGAACGGAGCGCUCAUCGGCAACAUCAAUAUGGGCUUCGACUUCACCCUCUCGUCGCGCAUCACCGAGCGGCUUCUGCAGGAGGGCUGCCGCAGCGUCAUCGACUUCGGCUGCGGCACCGCCGACAUGAUCAAGGAGCUCAACUACAGGGGCGUUCACGUACUGGGACUCGACGGUAGGAUACGUCGUCUUAGGACAGCUGGAUGGAUGGAUGGACUUGUGUGUGUGUUUCUCGUGUGUGUGUCAGCCAAUCCCAAGACGCCCAACAUGUCACAGGGUGGGUGGGCAAAUGACCGACCUGACCUGGGAAGCAUCCAUUGAUUCGUUCGUUCGUUCCUUUGUUUGAUGCAUCAAUCAGACUUUGGCGAUGUGGUUGAUCUCACGCACCCCUUCAAGAUCAGCGACGAGCAGAUCAGAAAGCUGGGCGGCAUGAAGGCGGCCGACUGGGGGCUCUGCAUCAACGUCGCCGAGUUCGUCCCACCCGUACGCACCGUACCGCACUAACACGUGUGCACAGGAAGCCAAACAACACAGAACUGGCCGGUCUUUCGUUCGUCUGGGUGCGGUGCUUUCCCCCAUUUCCUUUCCUUUGCCCGCCCGACCACCGCAGAGCGACGAGAACGUGUUCCUGGCGAACUUGGACGCCUACUGCAUGAGGGGCAUCAUCAUGGCGUGGCCGAAGCGGGGCACUCUGUGGUUCGCCGGCACCUUCAACGAGCGCGACCCCCAGGAGGUGGUCGACAUAAUGGAGCAGCGGGGGUUCAUCUACGACCCAGAGUUCAGCGAGUCGCUCAAAGACGGCACCCUGCCCGGCUGGGAGGUAGGUCAGCAAAGCCAACACGUCAGUCAAGUCACUUUAGUCAGUUAGGCAUGCAAUGCAAUGCUGCCCUGCCGUUCGUUCGUUUGUUCCUCUCUCUGCCCACCCAGGGUGUCCACGGUGAGCACAUGUACGUCUUCCGGCGGCUGACGCAGGAGCAGCGGCUGCUGCUCACCCGCAGCAAGGUCGCCCAGCGGAUGCACCAGGAGCGGGUUGAGCGGGGCUCCUUCAUCAACAGGACCAAGCGCAAGCUCGCCAGCAUCUUCAUCCCCGCCAGACGGCGGGAGAGCAAGUCCUGGCGGGCGGACCUGCAGUUCAUCCGGCUCGAGGAAUACCAGCAGGAGCUCGAAAUGAUCCAGGCCGGCAGCACCGACAAGAGGCCCCUCCUGCCACAGCCACAGCCACAGUCACAGCCUGGCCCGCCCCCACCACCCACCCCCACACAGCAGCCUGGCGAGAGGCGCGUCAUUACGAGAGAGGGGAGGAAGAAGGCACAGACAGAUGCUGAUGGGGAGGGGCCUCCCCAGGCAGACGCCAGUCACGCCGCUGCACCUGACCCGUUGUCGCCGCGAGCGAUCCUGGCGAGUCUUGUGGGCUCGAUCUCUUCUGUGGGCGGGGCGCCUCAAGGAGGUGUGCAGGGGGGCGGGAGGGGGUAGAUGGGAUGGGAUGAGGUGGGGCGAGACGUGUGUGCAGUGAUUUCGAUGGGGGUGACUGACACAGUGACUGGGGGUGGAAAUGAUUUGACGGUGGUCAUAUCUUGAUAUCAUGAUGGAUGGCUUCAUCGAUCAAUCGAU